CUCUAACCAUUCGAUGACGCAAAGGAAUUCCGAUGAAACCGUGUGAAUGAAACUCCAACAUCUGUUAAGAUUAAGGACAGUUCAAUCAAUAUCAGAGAGAUGACUGGAGUGAAAGGCAUAGUGCUACUACUCUGUACAGCGUGUGUCAUUGCCAAGUCGAAAAGUGAUAGAGCUCGGACAGCACGAUGGAUAUCCGGGAAAGCACUGAGGACUAUAGUGAAGGACUACUCAGAUCUGCAUGCCUUUAAGAACCUCCUCAAACCCAUUUUGAUCCCAAGAAUGCCAGACACAGAGGGCAAUACGAAAGUAAAAAAUUAUCUCAUCAACCAAUUGCGGGCCCUGAAUUGGCAUAUUGAAGAAGAUAAUUUUCAAGGCAUGACCCCAUAUGGCACUAAAAGUUUCACCAAUAUCAUAGCAACACAGGACCCCAGCAAGCCAAAGAAAAUGGUGCUGGCUGCUCACUAUGAUUCUAAAAAUAUCACGGACAGAACUGGAAGAGCGUUUAUAGGGGCCACUGACUCUGCAGUGCCUUGUGCCAUUCUUCUAGAUAUGGCUAUACAACUGAAUUGUUUGUUUGAGAAAGCUCAGGGACAAAAGGCCCGAGACAUCACCCCACAAAUUGUGUUCUUUGAUGGAGAAGAAGCUUAUGAGGAGUGGACAGACACAGAUUCUAUUUAUGGAGCCCGGCAUCUGGCUCAGAAAUGGGAGGAAGGGGGUGUACUGCCGAGUGUUGAAAUCUUUGUUCUGUUGGAUUUGAUUGGAACCAGUGAUGUACACUUUCACAACUUUUUCCCAGAAACAGCCAAUGCUUUUGAACUUCUAGUCAAGAAGGAACAACACCUUAAAAAGGAGAGUCUGCUCCAUGAUAACAACAGAAUUCUGUUUAAUACCCACCAGUUCUUUGGAGGGGGCAUUGAAGAUGAUCAUAUUCCAUUUUUACGUAGAAAAGUGCCCAUCCUUCAUCUUAUAUCAGCUCCAUUUCCUAGUGUCUGGCACAAAAUGACAGACGAUGAAACACACAUAGACUAUCACAGAACAGAUGAUUUCAAUAAGAUAUUCCGCACUUUUGUGGCCAGCUAUUUACACCUAGAUGCCUUACAUAAUCAGUGCAGGAGGAAAAAAGAGGAAUUGUGAGAAAGGUGGUGGACCAAGGAAGGCAUUUAGGAGAUCUAAGGUUAUACACAUAUAGUCUUCAUCAAACAUUUUGGAAUGUGCGUUUCAUGCAUGCAAACAUUUUUUUUCGUAACAUUUUUGCCCAGGCCUGGUUUUCUCUUGUAAGAAUCUUUAUACACAACCAUUUUCUUCCUUCAUUUUGUAUCUGGGAAUCCUGUCUGAGAUUUGUUGGAAGCAGAAUUUUAAAAUUGUAUGUUUCGUUGUUUGCCAGUUUUUUGUUGUUUUGUUUUGUUUUCUGUUUUUUUAUUAAAAAUUGUUUCACCUUUCUCGCCUAAAUCCUUUGCAAAUAUGAUUUGGUAUGCAGGUCAUCCAUAAUUAUGAUUUAGUUUCAAUUUCAUGUAUAUUCAUUCAGGUGUCUGAUUUCUUUGUGCAAUAAUUAUGAUGUUAUGAAAUGGAGAUAUUAAAAUAAUCUUUGCAUCUGUGGGUUAGAGGUAUAGAUAGGAAGUGUUGGAUCUCAUUUUUGUCACGCGUUUUAUAUAAAGCAAUGUGAAAAUUUGAAUUGUUCCAUCAAUACAAUCUGUAAGAUCUUUUCAUAAUUUAAGUACAUACAUGUAGCAAGAGAAAUAGAGGCGUUGGGAUUGAAAACCUUGUAUUGUUCCCUAUUUUGAUUGAUUAAACGAACAUUUAGAGAGCAUUAUGGAUAUAUAAAUCACCUAUGAUUUUCAAGUGAGAAAAUCUGUGUGUAAAAUGUUUCAAACAGCACAAAUGUAAUGAUGUAUGCGGCAAUAAUACUGUCUCUUGAUAAUUAUGUAGUAAAGGCAGUCUCGUAUUGAUCAGUAUUAUUGCAAGAAUGUUAUAGAAUUGCUGAUAUAGCUACUCUUUUAGAUGUAAACUUAUUGCAAAUGAAAUAUGAAAAGUUUGUAACACAGUAAAUGUGCAAAUUGUAUCUAAUGAAAUUCUUGGAAUUGGCAGUUUUUUCUGUUUGUUUCAUUUAUAAGUUUUGUAAAGUCUAUUUUGUUAAUAAAUCAUUUUGAAGGCAAA